GAAAACGGCAUAAUCCACUGUGCUUUGUAGACGAAGAGCGAUGUUCGCGUAAGACACUUUUCGCAACUUUAAUUACGGGUUCCAGGGUUUGCACUACAUAUUUCCGCAAGAGAACAAUAUAAACUAUAACCGAAUAUUAACCAUCGCAAAUGGAUACUCCACUUGGUGAAGGCACAAAAAUGAACACCGAAAGUAGUGCCGAUAGUGCAACCGCGGAAAAGCCAAAAGCGGAACCUCGUCAAGGAAAUUGCUAUUGUGGAAAAGACCGGAACCUGAACAUUGUGGAACUCCUCUGUGCCAGUUGUUCUAAAUGGUACCAUGAAUCUUGUAUUGGAUAUCAACUUGGAAAGCUGGUGCCUUUCAUAACAAAUUAUGUCUUCAUAUGUAAAAAUUGCUCGCCGAGUGGAUUGGAGAGCUUCCGAAAAAGCCAAGCCUCAAUACCUCAAAUGUGUGUCACUGCCAUAGCUAAUAUGCAGCAAUCUGCUGCAAAGGAGGGUCGAACGAAGCUGCUUUUCAGCAAAGAUAAGGAACUGAUUCCUUACGUGGAGCAAUACUGGGAAGCGAUGACAACGAUGCCCCGUCGAGUCACUCAAUCAUGGUAUGCAACUGUGCAGAGGGCUCUAGUGAAAGACAUUAAUACUCUUUUUACGUACGAAGAGUCAGCAGAAGACGGUCAGAUGUUUGGGCUGGUUUCCACCGACUUGACUCAAAUUAAGCCAAAUUAUGAAGCGAUGGUGAAAGGAGGUGUUCUACGUUUCACGGAUGAUGGAUACGCACAAGCAUCGCUGUCAAAGAGCAGUCGCCAAAAUAAACGCAAAUUUCCCGGAGGAGAUUCAGGACCAGCCGGAAAAAAAGGCCGACCAACAUCAGAUAUUUCCGGACAUGUUAAGCUACCAGCACAUGGCUACCCCUUGGAGCACCCGUUCAACAAGGACGGCUAUCGUUAUAUUCUAGCCGAACCAGAUCCACACGCACCAUUCCGUCAAGAAUUCGAUGAGAGUGCAGAUUGGGCAGGAAAACCAAUCCCGGGAUGGUUAUACCGCACUCUGACUCCAAAUUCCGUUCUACUCGCAUUACAUGAUCGUGCACCACAGCUAAAAAUAGCUGAAGAUCGUUUAGCAGUAACUGGUGAAAAGGGUUAUUGUAUGGUUCGAGCAACGCAUGGAGUGAGUCGUGGAACUUGGUACUUUGAGGCAACGAUUGAGGAAAUGCCUGAGGGCUCAGCAACACGCUUGGGUUGGGGUCAGGAAUAUGCGAAUCUCCAGGCUCCACUGGGUUAUGACAAAUUUGGGUAUUCAUGGCGUUCACGGAAGGGGACAAAAUUUCAUGAGUCCCAUGGCAAGCAUUACAGUGAGGCAUAUGGAGAGGGAGAUACUUUGGGAUUCAUAAUUAGCUUGCCAGAAGCUGAUUUCGUUAAACACCUUCCAAAUACUUUUAAGGACAGGCCCCUUGUGAAAUUCAAAAGCCAUUUAUACUAUGAAGAAAAAGAUAAAGUUCAAGAAACGUUGAAAGCUUUAAAGCCUCUUAAAGGAAGUAAAAUUAUUUACUUGAAAAAUGGCGAAUCCCAAGGCGAAGCAUUCACUGACAUUUAUGGAGGGGUUUACUUCCCGACUGUGUCGAUACAUAAGAACGCAACGGUUAGUGUUAAUUUCGGACCGAACUUCAAGCAUCCUGAUGUACUACAGCAAUUUAAUGCGAAGGGGAUGCAUGAGCGCAUUGAAGAUUUGAUUUGCGAGCAAACGAUGUCAGAUCUUCUAUAUUUUACGGAAAACGAUGGCCGAUUAAGACUGGACACUUUCAGCUUGUAAUAUAUAGAAGUUAUAUAACACAGAUUAAAUUAAUUUUUAUUUUAUUUUUUUUUAAAU